CCUCAUGCAGCGAAAGCGGCGAAGAAGACAUGGAAACGAUGCUGCUCCUCAGAUCAUUGCAUCUCUGUAACAUUCAGCGAAACUAACGAACAUACACUGUCAUGUUCAGCGUCGGAUAAAUAGUUUAAUAGGCAGAGCUCAAAUACAGCAGCUGUGCAGCACUCGUGUCCCCACAAAGAGGACAGCAGAGCCAUGGCAAGUGCGCAAUCUGCUGUAACGUUUGCAGUGUGCAUCCUCAUGAUAACAGAGCUGAUACUUGCCAAGAAGGACUACUAUGAUAUACUGGGAGUGCCUAAAGAUGCUACUGAGCGACAGAUAAAAAAAGCUUUCCACAAGCUUGCAAUGAAAUAUCACCCAGAUAAGAACAAGAGCCCGGACGCUGAAGUUAGAUUCAGAGAAAUUGCUGAAGCUUAUGAAACUUUAUCAGACGAAACCAGAAGACGAGAAUAUGACCAUUUUGGUGACACCUCUGCAUACUUCACCGGCGAGACACAAGGCAGACAUAGACAGGGAGCCCACCAACCUUUCAGCUUCAACUUUGAUGACAUUUUCAAGGACUUUGACAUCUACAGCCAGAAUAGGCACGCCCGUCACCGAAGACACUUCGACGAACACUCCAGGUCCCACAAAGAGUCCCACAGCAGACAUAAGAGACACUUUCAAGGAGGUUUUGGAGCAGGUAUCUUUGACGACAUGUAUGACGACAUAGAGCGAAUGUUUACCUUCGACAGACACGCCAAACAAACUGACAACAAGUUUCACGGUGCAUCGAAACAACACUGUAGAACAGUGACACAGCGCAGAGGGAAUAUGGUAACCACAUACACAGACUGUACGGCAUCUUAAGAUGCAAAAUAACUUCAGACUCAAAAUGCCUUAAGGGGAUACAAUACUAUUGUAUUGAUUAGGUAACGGAAAGCCAUUUGGUUCAAAUGCUGUGAAAUUUGAGCAGUAACAUUAAUAUCUGACAUUCAGGCAACAGUGAAAACUCUGUUUACUUAGCUUAGGUCAAAAUGCAAAUAAGCUAUGUUUUGUUCCAGCGAUUCCCAGUGUGUCCUCAUGAACUCGUAUGUGAUUGUAAUAGGUUUUCACUUAUUGUUGAAAUAAGCUCACAGUAAGUAUUUUGUCAGUAUUUUAAGCACCUUUCGUUGAUAGUGGAAUUUGUUAGGUUUACUGUCUGGGGGAAAAAAUAAACAAUCAUAUUGAAUUUAGCACAGGAUUACUCGUGUGUUAGAUCAUCACUAGUUCACCACUUCCAGUCUGUUAUUUUGUACAGUUUAAGAUUUCAUGUGUAUAGGUUUUGGUUGUGGGUAUGAAAACAGAACUGAAUGUAGAAAUGAUAGCAGCCAGCCGAGUUUUACUUACGGCAGUGUCAACAAAAAUCUGUGACCCUUUACUUUGUUGGCUUGUUGAAAUGUCUCUGAGCAGCAUGUUGUUGUCAGGAAGUUUUUGUACCAUGAUAAACUCAUGAUGUUAUAGAUAUAAUCCAUCAGAUUAAGUUUUUCCACAGUUGAUUCUUCUACAGUGUUGUUUAGUAGGAUAUGCAUAUUGAUCCUUACUUAAAUUCACCACUCAAAUUUAAAAAUGUUGAAAUAUUUUAUUCAUGUUUUAAUAAAUUUAAGCAAUUUCCUAAUACAUGCUUAUGCAGCCGCUUGGAGCUGCCCAGUGAUGGACAACAACAGUCCCUACACCAUGUAUUUAAUAUACUGUGUAAAAAUUCAAUUCAACAAUUCAUGUGUGAGAGCAGGAGGUGGCUGAUAAGAUUUUGAGGGGAAAAAAGCGUACACACACCUCUCACAACCUUGUCAGCCACACCCCACUCUGUUUUGUUUUUUGUCCAUGUUUUGAACAUCAUGACCAACAGAAACAAUUUAAAUAUAACAUGCAAAUCCAAGACAAAGUUGAGGGCAAUCAACAGCAACUAAUUAACUAUUUAAACUGGCAUCAUAGAAGUCCUGGUGAGCUUCAAGUUUCGGUGCUGGCAGCCUCUUUAACACUGAACCGAGGCUUUUCAGGAAGAGUUCAUCCUCAUCCUCAGGCAGGUUGGAACCGACCCCACCUCCUCAACAGUCUCCAGGAGCUGUUUUUGAAAAAGUGGCACCUCUGCUGAGUGGGGCCCUCCAACUGCACAGGGCUCUCAAGUUGCGCAGGGGCCAGUCGUUUGCUGACGGGGGCCCUCCAGAUGCACAGAGCCAGGCUGUGUUUGGAUUUAUGUCAUUAUGUCAUUUAUAUCAAACUCAACCAGUGUCGCCUCAGGUUGAACAAACAAAUAUAAUGUUAACUUUAUUAUGUGGUAUGUGAUUCAGCUUUGCAAGAAUGUAAAAUAUUUUUGAAGAUGUGUUAAUUUCCAAUUUCCAUUGAUUGCAGCACCGUAAUUCUGGGCUUAUCAUAUCUAGGAAAAAAAUUCCUUACAGAUGGGGGACCUUGAGUCAAGGUUUUAUUAAAUGGGCAUCUGCAACAAAAUGUGUAUCAGUUUGGGGGUUGUCUACAAGAAAAAGAUUGAGAACCACUGAUUCAAAUUACCUCUUCAUCUGGAAACACUGUCUCUUCUAGCCCUGCAGUUUUGGGGUGAGGGUGUAACUGAUCUGUUUCUGACUGGUUGAUGAUACUCAUGCUGUUUCCCUAAUAUAUCAUCUGUUACCUCGUACCUUUAAACUAGUUCCAGUGACGUGCUCCUUUACAGUGCAGUGUGCAAUAUUUCUUUCCUGUAUCGAUGGUGUUGUAAAUAUUCAAUGGCACUUUCAAGUUUGUAGAAAAUGUGUUUUGAGGAAUAAAAACUAGAGACCAAA